AUGACUACACAUGAAGUACAUAUUCCUUACUUGAGUGAAGACGAAAAGUUAUUCCUAAAUACAGCAGCCACUUACAGCCAAGCAAGAAGAUUAUCUAAUACCAUUGAAACAGUCAGACCCACUAUGGAAGAUAAUUCGUCACAUCACAGAAAUAGUCGCCGCCAUCAAAUUGUAUCGGUGUCUUCCCUAUCCAACCUUUGGAAACGACGAGGUUCUUCUGCAUCCUCUUCCACUACCUCUUCUGCUGGUUCAGUCGAGUCUCAUCACUAUUACAGUGGCAUGUCCUAUGUUGAAGAACAAGAUCACCACCACCACCACCACCACCACCACCACCACCACCACCAAUUGCACUCACCCAAAGCAAGAGAAUUAGAAUCGUUGAUAUUUGAUCAACCUCAAAGAACUGUCAGAUUAAGCUUAACACCUCGUUGUGCAAUUUAG